AUGUUUCCGAUAAUUUUUUACAAUCAGAUUGUGGAAAAGUGUGGUGGAGUUCCCUUAGCCAUAAAGACUAUAGCUAGUACACUGUCCAUUAAAGAAACUGCAAAUGAGUGGCGUUCUUUCAAAGAUAAUGAACUUGCUAGACUAUCCCAAAAAGAUGGUGAAAUUAUGCCUACACUUAAGCUGAGUUAUGAUCAUCUCCCAUUCCAUUUGAAGCAUUGCUUUGCUUAUUGUAGACUGUACCCAAAAUAUCACAAAAUUAAUGUGCAAACACUUGUUCAACUCUGGAUUGCACAAGGUUUUGUAAAGCAAUCAGAUUCAGAUGGAUCUCUUGAAGAGAUUGGGUUGGAUUAUUUUAAAGGCUCAGCAGAACAUUUGAGCAAAGACCUGAAGACUCAACAAAUCCAGCCUUUGUGGAAGCAGAUUGUAGAAAGGUGUGGUGGAGUUCCCUUGGUCAUAAGGACUAUAGCUAGAACCCUACCCGUUAAAGAAACAGUAAAUGAGUGGCGUUCUUUCAAAGAAGCUCCCGAAGAGUGUUUGCAAGUGCUGAAACUUGACUGGUGUCGGGGGAUUGAAGAAUUGCCAAAGAAGAUUGAAAAUUUGGUGAAUCUUACCCAUCUUCCAUGUCGUGAUUGUUGGAGCUUAACUCAUAUGCCACGUGGAAUAGGGAAGCUGAAUUCGCUUCAGACGUUAAGCCUGUUUGUGGUGGAUAUACUCGGUUCCCAUGGUGCUGGUGCUGCAGAUCUAAGUGAAUUGGGUGGGCUUAACAACUUAAGGGGAAAGUUAUGGAUAACAAUUUUGGGAUUUGUGAAAAAUGCAAAAGAGGAGUUUAGGCCUGCUAAUUUGAAAGAGAAGCAGCAUUUGCGGGUAUUGUAUUUACAAUUGAGCAAUUAUCGCGGUUAUGAAGGUGAAGACGAAGAUGAUGAAGAGAAGUCACUUGAAGACCUCCCGCCCCAACCUAAUCUAGAGCUUCAUGGCACCCUUUUAACUGGUUUGGGCACCAUUGGAGCACAGAAUAUGAACUUGUGUUUACUAACAGACAUGAGUUCAAUGGAAGACAUACAUUCUUCAACAGCUGAUCCAUUCCACGCCAUUUACUCCGAUGCGGUUGACAUACUCCUAGAAGAUGCGAGUUCGAGAGAGCCUAGGCGAGUAAAGCCCUCUUCGGGUUCAUUUGAGGUUGCACAUUCCUCCAAGCUUUUGGAACAUCAAAUCUACUCAAAAACAACUUCUUCAUGA